GAAGGCGGGACUUGAAGAAGAUUCCGGAAGAGAGUGAGAGACGCGUGUGUCCGAAAUCAGCGGAGUUGUUUUUGUUUUGAUUAUUUUUUUAUUAUUUUUCUUUUCUGUUUUGGGUUUGAGUGUAAAAGAAAGAACCGGAAAUGGCCAGUGUGAUAUUGUCCACACUUCCUCCUGAUGAAGGCGAGCUGUUGGGGGUUCAGCCCCAGCAUGGAGAAGCUGCUGAGAAGUUCACCAGGGCCUUCCUGAGGAGUCAGAAAGUCGAAUCCGUGCUGCAACAUCAAGGUGUGGUGAUGCAGUACACUCGGAAAUGGAAGAGGAAAGGGAAAAAGACAAAGGCUAAAGGACUGAGCGCUAAAGAAAGGAGAGCACUCGGAGUGUUUGAGCUGAAACCUGAGCAUCAGAAGUAUGAGCUCUUCCUGCCGCUGCAUGAUCUGUGGAAGCAGUACAUCACUGAGCUGUGUUCCAACCUCAGAGCAGGGAGUAACCUACAGGUGAUGGAGCAGAAGCUCCUGAAGGCAGAUUUUCAUGGUGCGAUUUUAACAGUUGUUCGCUCGAAAUGCCCCUCGUAUGUGGGCUCCACAGGGAUCCUGGUGCAGGAGCUGAAACAUGUGUUUAAGAUCAUCACGAAGGAGAACCGACUGAAGACCAUUCCGAAGAGGAACAGUGUCUUCAGUGUGGAGAUUGGAGAUUUUGUGACUCAUAUUUACGGCAGUAAGUUUGAGUUUCGCUCCAGCGUGAGAUCGGCCAAAAAAUUCAAGAUGAGCGGCACCAUUGACCUGUGAAGAACCUCCUGAUGAUCACACAUUGAGUUCUACAGGGAGAACCCACUCUCCAGGGAGAACCCUUUCUACAGAUCCUCCCUCAUGGCCCUUUAGAACAUGGAAGAAGUUUCUUUUUGUUGUUUGAGACACUUCAGUUAUUUCUGCUCCUGUGAUCCAAUCACCUUCUGUUCCUUUCCAAGCUCCCUCAGGAGUGUGGACCUGAGUGUCUGGUUCAGCAGGAACACACACAGUACAGAAGUGAAUCAACCUUUGACACACACCCUGGAUUAUUAACUCCAUUUGACCAGUAUCUCACUCAACAGCUUAUGAAGAUGCUUGACAUGAGGUCAUGAGGGGGAGGAGAUAUAAACUGAAUUAGAACACACCCACCAUCCCGCUGUUUGGUGGUAUUAUUUCCGAACACUAGGGGGCGCCAGUGUUUUCCUGUUUUCAUUUCUGUUUACUGGAGACGCUGAAUAAAUCUUUUUUUGGUAUGAUAUAAA